CGGUCUUCUGGAACUGCCAAAAACCGUCUCCGAAGUAUUAGCCACGGGACUCGACGACGAGACGAACGACAAAGUCGACGAAGAGGAUGAGGGACGUCGACAUUGCCGGGGGCCCGACAUUGGCAAUCGCGGUCGCUCUGCUCGCGGCGGCAGGGGCGACCGUAGACUUCCCGCGGAUUCCGAUCGCCGUCCUAAGCACGACGUCGGUGAUAUCGAACGGAAGAAGGUUCACGGUGACAGAUUUCAUAAAGGUCGGAGAAACGUUGAGGAUCGAAGGAAGACCGCCUUCUGCGACGUUGGUUCACUGUCUCCGCGGUUGCAGGCAUCUGAGGGACCUUGGCCUUUGGUGCGUCCGGAGACCUCCGCCGAUAUGCGUAAGCUACGAUCCCCCACCAAAUUACGUGGUCGUCCACAACGUGACGGACGCAACUUGGAAGGUGGAGGAUUGCGGUGCCCGGCCAGUCUGUGAAGCUCCGUCGUCUCCGUCCUCGACUUCGCCGUUAUCGGGAUUCGUCGUGCCGCCUCCCAACUCUCCCAACGCUCCGGACGUCGUUUACAACCUCACGUCACCGCACUCGUCUGCGCGAAAGUCCGAAGCUUGCCAAGUCCCCGAAUACCACAGAGUUUAUCAUCGAUACCGUCUGGUGAUUUGACCCACCGACCACCAAACCGAACCGCCGACCAACAGCAGAAAGACGGCGACGCAGAGCGCCUCUCCCCUCGGCGGUACGGAUUUUGGCAGACCCUCCGAAACGUGCACGUAAACUUGAUCGCCUUUGGAUGCUCCAACCUGCCGCACGAUCUUCCAUCCGCGACGUUGCAUUGCGACAGCAAGCGAUCGCCGUAAUCCUCCAGUCUGACGAAUGGUCGAUACUCGUCGGUCGGCAGGUUCCCUCGAAAGCUCAGUUUGGUCACGCUCCUAGAUCAACGAUAGAGACCGUUCUCCACGUAAUGGUCGUCGGCGCCGGGAGUGACGACGACGAAGGGGUCGAGGGCGACGACGUACCAAGUCCUAUUAAGACUGGUUACCUGUCAACGUAAGAAGGCAGAUUUGCUUACGACUACGUCGUUUUGACGUAACAAAAUACGAUUUGACAGGAAACCGAUUGCGACUGAUGCGUUGUGAAAUCGACGUAACGCAAAGCAAAAUCGUCGUAACGCAAUGCUCGACAGGAAACCGACAAGUUGGAUAUCUGUCUGAUACGUCGAUUUAUCACAAAUCGACAGGAAACCGCGUUUCUGUCGAAUAUCCUUGAAUGAACUCGCUUACGUUACGUUGCUAACGAUUCUUAUGAAAAGUUGACUCCAAUUCAACUUUUCAUAAGAAACGUAAGCGAAAAUUUAAAAUGGUAUAUGUAUUUCGGCAUUUAUUGACCAUACACUUAUAAAAUUGUUGCAAGUUUCGAUGAAUAUGGCCUCACAACUGACUUAAAAUUGAUAUUUCAUUAAGUUUGAGUCGUUCUAAUUAUAAUCUAGGCUAAUAAACGGUUGGAAAAAAGGACACUUACCUACUGUAUAAUACAUAGGGCUAGGUCCAUACGAUGUUUUCAUUUGUACUGUAGGUUCUUUUCUUUCUUUCUUUUCUUUUUUUUUUUUGCUAGUAGGCCUAGUAAUAACGGCGCCUCACCCCAAAUUUUCUUUCAAAUUUGAAUGGACAGUGAAAUUUUAUUUUUAGAGUAGGCCUAGGCCUUAUAAUUCUUUUUGAACUUCUGUUUACUUAUUGAUUUUCAGUUGCUUCAAAUCCAAAACAAUGACUUAAUAGUUGAACCAAAAUAAGAUCCGCAUCUCUCUGAUAUUUUACCGCGCUAAUUAUCGGGUCCAGCAAAGAAGAAAUGUAAAUCUGGGUUGUUGUGGUACUGUAGCCCAUGAGCAUUACAAUUCACUGUCCACUGAUAAUGAUAUAGACGAUGCCAGAACAGAGUAAACUAUUCAAUUGUGGGCUGGUACUAGACUAUUUUCUUUUAAUUAAUGCUUUUGUGUUUUGUUUUUAUUUCAGCUUAUUUUUAAUUUUUUUAAAUUUGUUUGAACUUUGGCGUUUGUAUUUUAAAAUGUUUAAUUAAGUAAGGAAGGGGUAAUUAGGACAUUUUAAGCAUUUCCUAAUGUUAGAAGUACAUUUCACUGGAUUAACUUGUUGUUUAUUUCAUUUCAUGAGACUUUCAUCCAGCUAGCAUUCCCAGGCUUUUCAUACAUUCGACCCCUUCGUAAAAAUGAAGUGAUCUAAUUUAUGUAAGACACACCUCACCUUAAUUACCUCAUUUUGAUUGGCUAGCUUUUUGUUUGGCGAGAUUUUCUCAUCAGUAUUCUUGAUAAUGAUAAAAUAGAUUGAAACGUUAAAUCUCAAAAUGUCUCCCUCUCCGAGUUUUCCGUCUUUGUUUUAUUUAAGACUAUUAGUAGAUCCUUUGCUUUAAGAAUGUUUCCUUCCUCAACAUUUCAACGUGUAAUUUAUCUUGUAUGUAUUUUUAUGGUGAUGCAAAAUAAAAGAAAAAAAAACACAAUGACUAUAACGGGCCUAUGAUUUUCGAUUGUACUUUUCUGUAUUGUGUUCUUAAUCAAUAUGAUAGACCUCAUCAUGUUAAAUGCAAUUGACAGAAUUAACCAUUAUUGCCCGUUUAAACUGCCUGUUUAAUUUGAAUUUACAGAGUAUUCUUCUUUUUAACUUCUGUCUACUACUUGUGUUAUAUAUUUAUAUAGAGUAGGCCUAUGUAGCUAUGAAUUUUCUGUUACCGUAGUCCAAAUCAGAAUUAAAAUUUUAAAAAGUGAGAUCAAAAUAAAUUUAACAGUAUAGGCCUAACUGAUGACUUGCGGAUUGAAACAUCAGGAUCAACAUUACCAAGAACUGCAUCUCUUUGAUAUUUUACCGCUCUAAUUAUCGGGUCCAGCAAAGUCAUGGUUAGUUCGGCGGUAGUGUCCGACGAAGUCAUAACAGCAAGAUACCGAGAUAGACAAUUCAAGUUCCCGGCCCACUGGUAGCACACUAUUUUCUUAUUGUUUUUGUCCAAUCCGUGUACAGUACGUAGCCAAGUGUAUGGGAAUGGGUGUAUGGGCGUGGGUCUGGCAAACACUAAAAACUGCAGUGAACUUUAUUUUCAAGAAAAAUGCCUUCCUCUGCAGAAGUAAAAUUGAUGGAGACAGUUCAGUUAUACAGGUGUUUAUAUGACAAACAUAUGUUGCCGCAUACACACAUGGAAAGAGAAAGAAAAAGAAUGCCUGGGAAGCCGUGGCUAAAGAAAUGGACCUGAGCGUCGAAGAAUGUCAGCGUCUGUAUAAUAUCAGGCGAACAGCAUUUGCAAGACACCUCAAGAACGUCCGCUCUACGGUUCGUAGUGGGGUCGGUAGGGAUGACUUGCUACCGAUCGCAGCAGAGUGGCAAAAUAUGCGAUGGCUGAUCUGCCACAUAGCACAUCGAAAGACCCAUGAGAGUGUUGAAGAGGAGGCACGACCUGAAUAUGAAUGUCUGUGCCUGCUCAACGAAACCGAGCAGAUAGACAUCAUGGUUGAGCCAGACACAGAAGCACAAGACGUGGUGGAUGAGGGCUUCUUUUUCACAGUAUAGAGGAAAAGCACAUAGAUACAGAAUUGGAUGAACCAACAGAGAAAGACAAAAACGAUUCUUAUCCGAGCAUAAAUGAUGAUGACGAUAAUGUUGCUGGCAGCAGUCAAGUCAAUGACGAUGAAAAUGACAAUAGACAGGAGGCCAUUAAUCCACCUGAUUUCCAAGAAGGGAAUCAGAUUAAAGAUACUGCAGAAACAUCCAAGAAGAGGAUGGCAGACAAACAAAAUCGCCCAUGGUGUUAACGGAGGGACGCAUUGUGCAGCUUGCACGGUGCUAGUGUCUCUGGGAGAGCAGUUGGCUCAACUUCACAAUGAUACGGUUGUAGAUUCACUCUUUAAACUCUGCGACUUGCUUCCCAGUACUUAUGACAUUCCAUGCCGGUUCGUUGUUGCUUUAGCCGCACCAACUUUAAUCAAAGUAUUUGAAGAAGACGUUAACGCUGAUUUAGCGUGUCAUGCUAUCGGAAUCUGUAGGACGGAUCCGGGUCAGAAAGAGUGCCGCAUCUUCCAGAAGACAUCCACCAUACGGAGAAAACUAGAUCAUAUAAAUCCCAUUUGGAAAGAGGAGAUCGAUAAACUUACGGUACAAAGAAAACAAUAUUAUGGAGCUUUCGAUUGCACGACGACGGUCGAGAAAAUACGAAACAAUAUAUGUGAUUCCCUUCCUGUUUUGAAAGCAUUGUGCAGAGAAAUAUAUACGAAGCUAGAUGAUUACCUUCCAGUGCUGGACCUGGACAAUGAUAAAUUUAGUGAAAUUAAGACACUGCGUGGGUCAUAUUGGCGGGGGAGAGAUUGCAACGACGGACAGGCCGACUUCUACCCUGGGCGAAGACCUUUGGAUGAAGAUAUAGUUGAAGAUUCGAAUUGUAAUGGCAUAAUGGGUGUUGAUCCGAAAUCGGGAAAAUCUUACGAGGAAUUAUUCUGUAAAGGCAGUCGAUCAAUGGGAUUGGCUAUACUUGGUGAUUCAGCUACGGCACACUUUCAUAUUCCUGUGAAUUGGUUUACUCCCGCUGAAAUUAACAAGGAUAUUUUCAAAGAGAUGCCUAUGGUGAUUGAAAACGAAUUUGAUUGGCCACAAGUUUCAUGCUCGACAGGUUUCAUGAACACUUCCACUUGGAAAACAAUUGAGGGACCUACUGACUCGUUAUAUCUACGUUUGCGUCAACGAAAUCUAUGCAACCACAGAGAUUACCAGAAUAUUGGUGUUAAUGGUGCUAAAAGCGUUUCGAUGAACAGGACAGUUCAAUAUAGUCUUGCACGUGACCAAAAGGCCGACAACCCAUUACUGGUGAUUUAUUCGUUGCUCGGAAAUGAUGUAUGUAAUGGGUACCCGGACACUAUUGAUCACAUGACCAAACCAGCAGAAAUGAAAGCGAGUGCAUUAUCGUCGUUGAAAUACUUGGACAAAGUACUCCCAAACGGCAGUUUGGUGCUAAUGACGGGAAUGCUGGACGGAAGAAUACUGUACGACACGUUAGCAGACAGGUUCCAUCCUUUAGGCCAGCUCAAUCAGGACGUCCGUUACAGGGACAUCUACGAGUAUCUAUCUUGUCUGCAGGUAUCGCCAUGCAACGGAUGGCUCUCCAAUAAUGAAACGCUCAGAAAUAUUACGUCAGAGAGGGCAAGGCAACUUAGCAAGGCAGUUAAUGAAGCAUCGCAGAGUCAGAUGUUUGCAAAUUUUAGAGUAGAAUAUAUAGAUUUUGACAUUCACGUCAUAAUCAAUGCCUGGAAGAAAAAAGGAGGCAAGACAUGGGAGCUUAUCGAACCAGUGGACGGGUUCCACCCGAACCAGUUCGCCCACGCACUCACAGCGGACUACAUAUGGAAAAAACUUGAAGAAAAGUUUCCACACGAAUUUGGAAAAGUCAACCCAAACAAUGAGAACAUUCUCAAAAUAUUUGGUGAUCAGAACGGCUACUAAACUCUCGUCAGGGUUGGCGCCAGAGGUGGGGGGGGGGAAGACGAUAAA